CACUCCGUGAACAUGGCGUCCCUACACAGCUUGGCCUGGGGAGCCCUCUGCGACAAGUUCACCACCGCCCAGAACCUCUCCGAGAUCGAGUCUCGUAAAGACCCCGCCAACGACCCGUUCCGCUCCAAGUACAAGGCCAGGGAGCUGCUGAGGGAGAUUUACAGCUCGCUGAAAAACGUCGAGGCCAGCGACGGAGAAAACGAGAGCGGCGACGAGAGGGGCGACCAGCAGCCGACGGAGCAGCCGUUAGAUGGGGAGAAGGAGGGCGUGUUCAGCCGCGGGUUCACCGGGGACUCGCCGGCCGGGUUGCGGGCUGCCCGACUGGGGGCGGUGGAGUAUUAUCUGGGGGUGAACCACGCCGAGACGGAGGAGCUGUCAGCCGGCCAGGAGCACUUCAUGAACUGCCUGAAACUGCUGGAGAAAUGCAGCGUCUCACCGGAGAACGUGUCGCUCUUCAUCCAUGUCAGGAACCAGUUGGGCAUCCUUUGGGCAGGACGAGACGAGACCGAGAUGGCUCAAGGCUUCCUGGAAACAGCAGAGUCCAUCUACUUACGAUACAUGAAGGAGGAGGGUAGUCCACCCACUGACAUGACAGAGUACUUCAGUACUGAGGAGAACCUGCUUACACAUCAGGAGAGGACCAAGAGGUUUGAGCUGGCCUACACCCACACUAUGUACUACCUUGCUCAGGUCUACAAGAACCUCGGUGAAAUUGAGCGUGCUGCCACCUACUGCCACAGUACCCUACAAAGACAAUUACAGCUAAACCAGUACAACCCAAUAGAGUGGGCCCUCAAUGCUGCUACACUUUCACAAUACUAUAUUACUAAGGGUCGAUACAUGGAGGGCAGACAUUGCCUCUCAGCAGCCACUGUCAUAGCCGGCCUGGCAGGUGAGAUCCCUUCUGAGGCUGCAGCAGAGGAGAGUGAGGCAGAGUGUGAGCGCAGGGACCAGUUGAGACAGAAGAGGGCAGAAAUAGCCAGAUGUUGGAUCAAAUACUGUCUCAACCUGCUGCAGGAUGCCAAGAAACUUUUGGAGGACAACAUUGGGGAGCUGGAUGUGGAGCAUCAGGAGGAGUUAAAGAGAGCGAGGAGAGUGGAGGAGGAGGAGGAGGAGAAGGGCAGGAAGAGUGCGCUGCUCUUUGGCUCUGAAGACACAUUUGAUUCGAUUGCCAGUCUAGAAGAGAAGGUGCGCUGCUUGCUCCCAUUGGACUUCACUGAGGCCAGAGCUGUAUUUCUGGUGGGACAAACUUACAUCACACAGGCCAAAGAGUACUUUGAGAUGGACGGCUAUGUGACAGAUCACAUUGAGAUCCUACAGGACCAUAGUGCUCUGUUCAGGGCCCUGGCCUUCUUUGAAGAGGACCUGGAGCGGCGUUGCAAGAUGCACAAACGGCGAGUCGACAUGUUGGAGCCAAUCUGCAAUGACCUGAAUGCCCAGUACUACCUGUUGAUCCGCAGGCAGCUGAUGUUUGAGUUGGCUGAGACUUACAAUGAGAUGAUGGAUCUGAAACUGACCUUGGCCAACAGACAGGCUGACACACAGGCACUAGAUAGCCACACAAUUAAGAAAUUCAACCACCUUUGCUCUUCUUCUGCCAAGUACUUCCAAAUGUUUCUGGACUCUCUUUGUUCACCAGAGGGAAAGUUUCCAGAGCGAUUGGAGGAGGAAGUACUGAGGCCAGCUCUGGUGGCCCAGUUCAGAGUCGCCCGACUCUACAGCAGACUGAUCUGUACUGCGCCCACUGCUCAGCUGGACAACCUCAACAAAUCUCUGGACAACUACAAGUAUGUGGUCCAGUACUGCGAGGCCCACCCUGAGGCAGCAGCUGCCGUGGAGACAGAGCUGGAGCUCAGCCAAGAAAUGGUCGGCUUGCUGCCAAUCAAAAUCAACCGCCUCAAAGCCAAGAUGGCAGCAAACAAUUAAGGGAAGCCACUGCUGAUUGACUGAAUAGCGGCUGAUUGGUUGACUAGUUAUUAUUUAGUCCACCAGCCAGUCAAUCUGAAUCAACAUGGUUACUUUCAGUGUCUGAUCCAACUGGAUGGUGGACUGACUGUUUGAUUCUGUUGUUAAUUUGACUGGUUGAUGCCUUCCUGUCUGUACAGUGGAAAUGCUGCUUCAACACAAUGUUUAAACACACGGCAGUACUUAAAAAGCUUUUAAUUCAAACAAUGUAGAAAGGGGACUCCUCCCAAAAUUCAUUCUUCACUAGAUUACCACAGACUUUAAAAGUAUCUGUACAUUCAAACAGACUUGGGUUGCUCUUGUAACCAAAUAAGACCAAGUGUUUAAAUCCCAGGUUGAUAUAUAUACUUGAGUUAGUAAACUGGUAGUGUCUUCUGUGACCCUGUUUUGAUUUAUGCCUGAUGUUUUUAAUAUUUAUCUUACUGAGGGGUUUUUUUCCCGGUAAAUUGUCUGUAAAGUAUUCUGUCACUGUUCGAAAAGUGUGACACACAUUUAUCUCCUUCUGCAGCCCAAAGAGUGAUACACAACAGGAAAACAGCUGGGGGGAAAAUGACAGUGCUGAAUUCUCAUCUUGGUUGGGCUUUAAUUUAAAAUUGGGCUUUAAUUGAAAGCCCAGUGUGCAUCCAACCUUUCGCCAUAAUUCUUAAGCCUUACCUGUGUUUGCUCAUUGCCUUUGCCUACUGGUGGUAACCAGAGAAAGCAUGGAAACGGUCUGUGGAGUUGGGACCAGGUUGUAUACUGUGGAUGCAACAUGUUGCGGCAUCUACGCUACUUAAAAGUUUUAGCUGUGAAUCUUUAACAGUGCAAUUUCUAACAUCACUAUGGUUUAGAAGAUGUUGAACAUGAGUGUUCUGGAGGUCAUUUGGCAUGAAAUCACCAGUUUCUUUAUAGCAAUAAUUGAGCUUGUGGAGCAUAAAUAGAUGCCAUGCCCUUUUGUGCCACUUGAAUGCUCCAUGUAAACAGUAAGAAGCUCUUCAGACAUGAAUUCAUGCAUGAUUCCAUCUUUCUUCCACCAUAACUUUAUUUAUUUCAGUCUCAGUAGAGUGAGAAUUUCCUUAUGUUCUAUUUUUAUAGCUAACAUUAAUAAGCCAAUAUUAUGAAUAACAUCUGUCCAUAUAUUAUGUGAUGUGGAGUCAGCUGCACAUUCUUGUUUUUAGUGGAAUGUAUUAUUUGCCUGUGUCUUUUAGGUUCCCACGUAAACAGAGUACUAGUUUGUGGUCCCAGGGUGUAGGCUGAGUUUAGUGAGUUGGACGUGGUGGAACAGAAGAAGUUUUCACAACCUUCUGCCUAAAUUAAAUGGAUAAUUUGACGGUGGAAAAUUGUCUCACUAAGGGGCUGGUUUCACAGACAGGGCUUAGAUUAAGCCAGAUGUGUACUAAGACAUUUAAGUAGGUUUCAUGAUUGUGGUUUAAAUUUGGCUUAGCCAGGGACUAUAGAGUGAGGUAAGUAAGCCUGAAUGAGAACACCUGGGUUAAGCCUGUUGGCUUAAGUACAAGUACAAGCGGUUUGUGUAUUGGUGCACAUAAAAACCCAGAAUGGAAUAGAAACGUCAUUGCUGGUGUCCAGUCAAGUCAAUUUUAUUUGUAUUGCCCAAUAUUACAAAUUUGCCCCAGGUGGCUUUACAGCAGCACAAUAUCCUGUCCUUAAACCCUCGCAUUGGAUCUGCCAUAUUCUUGAGACAAAACAAUGGCAGAGGCACAACGAAUUUGUUCAAAACACUAGUAUGAAAAAACACUAAUAAGACAAAUUGUGUCAAACCAUCCAAGUGUACGUAGAAAGUAGAAACCAUACAACUGCUGCUGAGCAAAAGAAAAAGAGUGGUUGGGCUGCAGUUUGCAGUGAAUUAAAUGCAAUUUAAAAUGUAGCCACAAGAAGAGUAUAACAACUUCAGGUGAGAUAUAUUCAUUAGUAUCAGUAUUUCACAUUUCUCAUGUCCAUAUUUUUGUGACAUCUCUUAUAUUGAAUGACGUCUGCCUUUUGUAGACUGUGGAAGAAGUUUAAACUGUCUUUAAAAAGUGAGAAUGCAGAGAUCAGUAGAAAGUGAUUCAAUACUGGUGGUGGACCACCAAAAAUAGACAAGACUCAUGAGUUGAGUGAAGUGCUGUCUGGAAUAAAACUAGCUCUUAAGGCUCCUGUACUCCUCAGCAUCAGGAGUGGAUGGACACUUGACGGGUACAUGACAUCCAUAUAUACAGCCAAUCACUCCUGUUAAGUGCCCACAUUCAUACAAUUGCACUUUAUAGUUGGCUUGGCCAGCAGCAUGUAGAGACUCCUCAGUUCACAAAUGGCUCUGCAGACUUUGUGAACUACAGGCAACUCACCAGUUUCACGAUGGAAGAUUCUAGAUGCCAAAAAACCUCAAAAGUGAUCAGAACUUGGGAGACAUUUGGGUAAAGGUCUUCCUUAUUGAGACAGAGAAGAGAGUCUAGGCGCCAGCAAAGUUAUCUCCAAUGCAUACAAAAGCAGUCUCGAAAAGUUAUUUCAUUAAAGUAAUUUAAUGGAUUACUCCUGUUCCCAAGUACUCGGGCUGGCCUCUGUAGUGCAUGUUGGUCCUCAUUUAGAUAUUCCAAAUAGUCCACCCUCCCUCAAAAACGGCAUGGACUGUCUGGAAUAUCUUAAGUGAAGACCAACACUGAGCAGAAGUUAAACCUGCCUCUUUGAAGGAUUAAUGUGAGCUUCAAUUUAGACCCGGAGUAGCUCUAAUCCUCCCUCUUGCAAUCGUUUUAGUUUAAUCCAGAACAGGCUAACUCCACGACUAGUUUAGAGAAGUCUGUUCAAGUCGCUUUGAGUUACGACAGCUCAAACAGGCAUUUUAGUCUGGGACUAGGCUUAAGCCUUGUCUGUGAAACCGGCUUUAAGUGUUUUAACCCAUCAUACUGUGACCAUUUUCUUUUAACUCAUUGAUCUGGAAUAAAGAUACUAACUAUCUCUACAAAGAUCUUCAUGUCAAGUCUUUCUUUAGCAUCCUGUCUUUCUUCUUCAGGUGGGCUAUGUCAGCAAUGUCCAGCUUUCCUGCGUCAACACUACGGUUGCUGCCAUGGCAGAAAUCUGUUUUCGUGCACUCAAACUUGUUGCUAUUGCAAAGGUGUUGGUGCAUUUUCACAAUAACUUGGGUCGGCCUUUACAUUACAAACCCGGACUUUAGAAAUCGGCUUCCUAAUGUCUCGCUUUUCGGAGAGAAUUCAUGUUGAAAUAUUGCUUAGGGUGACAUAGAAUGGCGUAGGGAUUUAUUAAUCGAGCGGUGUUCGUGCAAGAUUAUUACAACAGCAGCCGGUAGAGGUGUUGGCCAACAUGUAAAACCAUGCCCAAACUAACCAUGAGGCUCUGCAACAGGAUGUAGCUUUGUUUUCCUCCAAACUGUCCAGACCUCAUUAUGCUGUAAUGGUGAAAGAAGCGUUCCCACAGUAAUGGGAAUAAAGUCCCAACAACAGCAACUGUCACAGAUCUGGUAGUUAGACAUUGUCUCAUGCCUCUAAAGUGUCAGGUUUAUUUGCAUGAUAGUCAUUUGUGUAAGUGUCCCUUGGUAAAGUAAGGUGGCUGAUGACGAGUUGGUUUCCAACAUACUGUGUUAUUCACAAGGGGUAAGCAGCUUAGUCGAAUGUACCAACCAGGACAUGCUGUGUAAACAAUUUCUUCUUUGCGAAAUUUAGAUUCAUCGUCAUUCGUAUACUGUUGCCUGCCCAAGCAUAGGUAGUCACUCCGUCCUCUGUCUCUUUGUCUCUCUCUUCACGGUAUUACUGUUUAGUCUAGCAUUCAGAACUUACUAUUUCACUGAGAAGAAGCCAUUUAUUUUAGUUUCCCAAUCAAAAAAUAUUCAAGAGUGGGAUUAGUCCCCCAAAUAUAUAUCCGCUGAUUCAAGUGAUCGUAUAGUAACUCCUUUUUCACACACUUUCUUUUGCACAAACUGUUGAUACUUCCUUUCUCCCUGUCUCACACACACACGUGAGCUAAAUCAUCAGUUGGACAUCUUCCAUCGUUUGAUGUGCACUGUUACUGAAGUUGA